AUGGAUAAGCAAAGAUGGCUAUCCAAAUUAAACUUAGUCUUUUUUACACCCUGCUUGCUAUUCUCCAAUAUCGCUUCUGUCAUUUCGUUCCAAAAACUAUUAGCAUUCUGGCCAAUUCCCGUGUUCUAUCUCACUUUUGCUCUCUUGAACUACACGAGUAGUCAACUCAUUACUCGAUUGGCUGGUCUCAGUCCAGCUUAUCGUAGAUUUGUCUUGGCCUGUGUCAUGUUUUCCAAUUCCAAUUCAUUGCCGAUCGCAACCAUAUCCAGCUUGGCUGUAUCUGAGGCUGCGCACAUUUUGUUCUGGGGCGACGAUGAUACACCUGAAUCUGUGGCUGCAAGGGGUAUCUCUUAUACUCUUUUCUUUGCCAUCUUUGGUAAUCUGAUUCGUUGGUCUUACGGAUAUCAAUUGCUGCAAAAGCAUGAAGAUGAUGUAUCAAUCGAGGAUAAUCGCAAAGUAAACGAGGAAGAACAAGUAGAGACCAUGCAAUCCACAUAUCACUCAUUCGACGGCCACUCUAGCAGCAGCAGCAGCAGCUCAACCUCUGAUUAUUUGACCACUUCUCGUGAUGGCAUGCCUCGACAAUUAAGCGCAGUGACAAUUACAGCGGCAGAUGAGAACACCACUCUAUUACCUCAAACAAACACCAAGAGCAACAAACAAAUUGAUACCAUAACGGCUCCAGCACCUUUGUACAAACGCAUUGCUAAACGUAUUAAUGGUUUCAUGUCUCCUCCACUUUAUGCUGCCUUCUUUGCUCUUUUGGUCGGAUUAUCACCUUUAAAACCAAUUCUGUACGACAAGCAAUCCUUUUUGUAUCCUUCAUUUACAAAAGCCGUUGAGAGCUGUGGUAAAGCAGCAGUUCCACUCAUCUUGACCUGUCUGGGUGCCCAAUUAGUCUCCAUUCAAGAAUCUCAACAUCCUGCUUCUCCUCAAAUGAAGAAACCAGUUGCACUCGCCAUUGCUAUCCGUAUGGGACUCAUGCCAUUUUUAGUUGUACCGAUCGUUGUUUUGUUUGUAUUGUAUGGUUCUCAGUUCUCUACUUUGGCAAGUGAUCCUGUAUUUAUUACCAUGAUGAUCGUAUUGGGCUGUACUCCUACCGCAAUCAACCUUGUACAAAUCACUCAAGUAAACAACAUCUUUGAAGAAGAAAUGUUGCGUAUGCUUUUCUGGAGUUACGGUGUCGUUUGUGUUCCAAUCUGUACGUUUGUCGUCUUUUUAGCAUUGAAUGUUGUAGAUAGAAUGUUAUAA